GAUGAAGAGCUUUAUGAGUAUGUUUUGAACUGGUUCGCCUACAUCGUUCAAAAUCCUUGUGGAAAGACUGGAACAGUACUUUUGUUAAUAGGAAAGCAAGGAACUGGUAAGAAUGUACUUAUUAAUGUUCUAUGCGAGCUCAUUAGCAAGUACGCCAACAAUAAUAUAACGGCAAUAGAGAAUGUGGUUGGUAGAUUCAAUGCUGCUAUUGAGAACAUGAAGCUCAUCGUAUGCAAUGAACUAAGCUCAUGCGAUACGUCUAAGGUCAUGAACCACGACGCACUAAAGUCAAUAGUAACAGAGACUCAGUUGGACUUAAAUCAGAAGUGUCAGCCAGUAAGAAAGAUAGAGAAUGUUUGUAAUAUCAUCAUGAUAUCUAACAACUUCAACUCAGUAAAGAUUGACAAAGACGACAGAAGAUUUGUUGUCAUUGACGUAAGCAGCUGA